AUGGAAGCGGGUGUGACUUCAACUGCAAUCGAACUAACGACCAACAAUACAACAAAACCAACAACAGCCGAACUCACAACUAAACUUAUAACUGAACCCACAACUGGAACGACAACUGAGGGAACAAACACAGUAACACUUGAACCCACAACCACUUCAGAACACAAGACAUCUAAACCAACAACCUUAACCACACCUGAACCCACAACCACAAAGCCUCAAGAACAAACAACCACAGCCACUCCUGAACCAACAACCUCAGCCACACCUGAACCCACAACCCCAGCCACUCCGGAACCAACAACUCAAGAACCAACAACCUCAGCCACUCCUGAACCCACAACCACAAAGACUCUAGAACCAAUAACCUCAGCAACUCCUGAACCCAUAACCACAAAGACUCCUGAACCCACAACCUCAGCCACACCUGAACCCACCACUCCAAAACCAACAACCUCAGCCACUCCAGAACCCACAAGCACAAAUACUCCAGAACCAACAACCUUAACCACUCCUAAUCCAACAACCUCAGCCACACCUGAACCCACAACCUCAGCCACUCCGGCACCAACAACCCGAGAACAAACAACCUCUCCCACUCAAGAACCCACAACAAAAAAGACUCCUGAACUAACAGCCUCAACCACUCCUGAAGCCACAACCACAAAGACUCUAGAACCAACAACGACAAAGACACUAGAAUCAACAACCUCAACAACUCAAGAACCAACAACCCCAGCCACUCCGGAACCAGCAACCACAAGGACUCUAGAACCAACAACCUCUGCCACCCCGGAACCAACAACCACAAAGACUCUAGAACCAACAACCUCUGCCACCCCAGAACCAACAACUACAAAGACUCUAGAGCCAACAUCCUCAGCAACUCGAGAACCAACAACCUCAGCCACUCUGGAACCAACAACUUCAGUCACACCUGAACAAACAACCUCAGCCACACCUGAGCCCACAACCACAAAGACUCUAGAACCAACAACCCCAGCAACUCCUGAACCCACCACUCCAAAACCAAUAACCUCAGGCCCUCCAGAACCCACAAGCACAAAGACACCUGAACCAACAACCUUAACCACUCCUAAUCCAACAACUUCAGCCACACCUGAACCAACAACCUCAGACACUCCUGAACCCACAACCAAAAAUAAUGUAGAACCAACAGCCUCUGUCACCCCGGAACCAACAACCACAAAGACUCUAGAACCAACAACCUCAGCAACUCCAGAACCAACAACCUCAGCCACUCUGGAACCAACAACUUCAGCCACUCCGGAACCAGGAACCACAAGGAUUCUAGAACCAGCAACCUUGGCCACCCCAGAAUCAACAACCACAAAGACUCUAGAACCAACAACCUCAGCAACUCGAGAACCAACAACCUCAACCACUCUGGAACCAACUACUUCAGCCACUCCGGAACUUACAACCACAAAGACUCCAGAACCAACAACCAAAACUCCUCCUCAACCAACAACUUCAGUCACACCUGAACAAACAACCUUAGCCACACCUGAUUCCACAACCACAGAAACUCUAGAACCAACAACCUCAGCAACUCCUGAACCCACCACUCCAAAACCAACAACCUCAGGCCCUCCAGAACCCACAAGCACAAAGACAGCAGAACCAACAACCUUAACCACUCCUAAUCCAACAACCUCAACCACAACUGAACCAACAACCUCAGCCACUCCGGAACCAACUAAUACAAAGACUCCUGAACCAACAACCUUAACCACUCCUAAUCCAACAACCUCAACCCCUCCUGAACCAACAAUCUCAGUCACUCCAGAGCCCGCAACCACAAAGACUCUAGAAAAAACAACCUCAGCAACUCGAGAACCAACAACCUCAGCCACACCUGAACCCACCACUCCAAAACCAAUAACCUCAGCCACUCCAGAACCCUCAAGCACAAAGACUCCAGAACCAACAACCUUAAUCACUACUAAUCCAACAACCUCAACUAUUCCUGAACCAACAUCAGGCACACCUGAACCCACAACCUCAGCCACUCCUGAACCAACAACCUCAGCCACUCCGGAACCCACAAGCACAAGGACUGCAGAACCAACAACCUUAACCACUCCUAAUCCAACAACCUCAACCACACCUGAACCAACAACCUCAGCCAUUCUUGAACUCACAACCACAAAAACUGUAGAACCAACAACAUCUGCCACCCCAGAACCAACAACCACAAAGACUCUAGAACCAACAACCUCAGGGACUCCAGAACCAACAACCUCAGUCACUCCGGAACCAACUACUACAAAGACUCCUGAACCAACAACCUUAACCACUCCUAAUCCAACAACCUCAGCCCCUCCUGAACCAACAACCUCAGCCACUCCAGAACCUGCAACCACGAAGACUCUAGAACAAACAACCUCGGCAACUCGAGAACCAACAACCUCAGCCACACCUCAACCCACCACUCCAAAAUCAAUAACCUCAGCCACUCCAGAACCCUCAAGCACAAAGAUUCCAGAACCAACAACCUUAAUCACUACUAAUCCAACAACCUCAACUAUUCCUGAACCAACAUCAGGCACACCUGAACCCACAACCUCAGCCACUCCUGAACCAACAACCUCAGCCACUCCGGAACCCACAAGCACAAGGACUGCAGAACCAACAACCUUAACCACCCCUAAUCCAACAACCUCAACCACACCUGAACCAACAACCUCAGCCAUUCCUGAACUCACAACCACAAAUACUCACAAAGACGUCAGAACAAACAGCAUCAUCCACACCUGCACCAACAACCUCAGUCACUCCGGAACUAACAACCACAGAGACUUUGGAACCAAUAAUCUCAGCCACUCCUGA